CCAGCUGCAGCUGCCCUUCAAAGGUCCGGAUGCUUCCUGGCGACAGAUGGCGGAAUCAGAGGAUGCCUUGCUGAGCCUGGGCUCCAUCGUCGACGCCUCCAGCCUCCGGGAAGUGAUCAAAGAUGCCAUUGCUUCGGUGCUCCCCAAAGUGGAAAGGGUGUACGUGUACCUCCUGGAUGGGGAUGCUCGGCUCACGUGCAACGACCCGCCUCACGAGCUGCCGCAGGAGGGGAAGCUCCGGGAUGCCGUCCUCAAGCAGAAGAGGGUGGGCUGCAGCGGGCUGCCCCUGGCGGAGCUGCAGGGCAAGCCCAUGGCCGGCCUGGCCGCCCCCCUGGCCCCAGAGAAGCAAGUGCUGAUCAUCCCCCUGGUGGACCCGGACGCGGGGGCCGUGGUCUGCCUCAUCCUGGUGCACUGUGGCCCGCUCUGCGAGUCCGACGAGCUCCACCUGCGCGCCCUGGAGAAGCACAUUCUGGUGUCCUACAAGCGCAUCCAAGCGCUGCAGAAGCUGCAGCCCUCGCCGCAGGCCAGCCUGCCCCCCGGCUCGCCGCAGAACUCCCUGGCGGAGACCGGCGGGACGCCAAAGAGCUCCUACAGCGACCUGGACCGCAAGAUCCUGCAGUUGUGCGGUGAGCUGUACGACCUGGACGCCGCCUCGCUCCAGCUCAAAGUCAUCAACUACCUGAAACGGGAGACCCGGUCGCUCUGCUGCUGCCUCCUCUUGGUGUCCGAGGACAACCACCAGCUCUUCUGCCAGGUCGUUGGAGACAAGGUGCUGGAGGAGGAGAUCAGCUUCCCCUUGACGGUCGGGCGCCUGGGAAAGGUGGUGGAGGAGAAGAAAUCGCUCAGGCUGCAGGACAUCAGCUCGGAGGAACUCAAGCAGCUGAACAGCAUGCUGGGCUUCGAGGUGCUGACCAUGCUCUGCGUCCCGGUCAUCAGCAGGGCCACCUCGCAGGUGGUGGCCCUGGCCUGCGCCUUUAACAAGCUCGGGGGAGAGAGCUACACGGACGCGGACGAGCAUGCCAUCCGCCACUGCUUCUGCUACACCUCCACGGUGCUGAGCAGCACGCUGGCCUUCCAGAAGGAGCAGAAGCUCAAGUGCGAGUGCCAGGCUCUUCUGCAAGUGGCCAAGAACCUCUUCACGCACCUGGACGACGUGUCGGUGCUGCUGCAGGAGAUCAUCACCGAGGCGCGGAACCUCAGCAACGCCGAAAUAUGCUCCGUGUUCCUCCUGGAUCGGGGCAGCCACGAGCUGGUGGCCAAGGUGUUCGACGGGGGCGUCGUGGACGACGAGAGCUACGAAAUCCGGAUCCCGGCCGACCAGGGCAUAGCUGGGCACGUGGCGACGACGGGGAAGAUCCUCAACAUCAAGGAUGCCUACUCCCACCCGCUCUUCUACCGCGGCGUGGACGACAGCACCGGCUUCCGCACCAGGAACAUCCUGUGCUUCCCCAUCAAGGAUGAGAACCACGAGGUCAUCGGCGUGGCGGAGCUGGUCAACAAAAUCAACGGCCCCUGGUUCAGCAAGUUCGACGAGGACCUGGCCACCGCCUUCUCCAUCUACUGCGGCAUCAGCAUCGCCCAUUCCCUGCUCUAUAAGAAAGUCCGCGAGGCCCAGUACCGCAGCCACCUGGCCAACGAGAUGAUGAUGUACCACAUGCAGGUGUCCGACGACGAGUACACGAAGCUGCUCAACGAAGGGAUCCUGCCGGUCGCAGCCAUCGACCCGAAUUUUGCCGAGUUCACGUACACGCCGCGCUCUCUCCCGGAGGACGAUACGCCCAUGGCCAUCCUGAGCAUGCUGCAGGACAUGACCUUCAUCAACAGCUACAAAAUGGACCGCCGAACUCUGGUCAGGUUCUGCCUGAUGGUGAAGAAGGGGUACAGGGACCCCCCCUACCACAACUGGAUGCACGCCUUCUCCGUCUCGCACUUCUGCUACCUGCUCUACAAAAACCUGGAGCUGGCCAAUUACCUGGAAGACAUCGAAAUCUUUGCCCUCUUCAUCUCCUGCAUGUGCCACGAUCUGGACCACCGGGGCACCAACAAUUCUUUCCAGGUGGCUUCGAAAUCGGUGCUCGCUGCCCUGUACAGCUCCGAAGGCUCCGUGAUGGAGAGGCACCACUUCGCGCAGGCCAUCGCCAUCCUCAACACCCACGGCUGCAACAUCUUCGACCAUUUCUCCCGGAAGGAUUACCAAAGGAUGCUGGACCUGAUGCGCGACAUUAUCCUGGCCACCGAUCUUGCGCACCAUCUGAGAAUCUUCAAAGACCUCCAGAAGAUGGCGGAAGUUGGCUAUGACCCCAAGAACAAGCAGCACCACAGCCUCCUCCUUUGCCUCCUCAUGACCUCCUGUGACCUCUCAGACCAGACCAAAGGCUGGAAGACCACCCGCAAGAUCGCCGAGCUGAUCUACAAGGAGUUCUUCUCUCAGGGCGACCUGGAGAAAGCCAUGGGCAACCGGCCGAUGGAGAUGAUGGACCGGGAGAAGGCCUUCAUCCCCGAGCUGCAGAUCAGCUUCAUGGAGCACAUCGCGAUGCCCAUCUACAAGUUGCUCCAGGACCUCUUCCCCAAGUCGUCGGAGCUGUACGAGCGGGUGGCCAGCAACCGGGAGCACUGGACCAAAGUGUCGCACAAGUUCACCAUCCGGGGCCUGCCCAGUAACAACUCCCUGGACUUCCUGGACGAGGAGUAUGACCUGCAGACGAUGGGCGACAGCAACGGCGUCAGGAUGAACGGGUGCCUGGACGCGGAGGAGGGGCCCACGGAGGCGGCGCUGGAAUGA